AUGUCCGGCCUCAUUUCCGACGAAAUUGCGGAGGAUUACAAGAGCUCCUUGGAAGACCUAACCACCAAUGAUGGAAUCCAGAUCCGUACUCUGACCGUCAUUGCCAAAGAAAAUACCGAACACGCAAUGGCAAUUUCUCGCGUCCUGGAGAACCAUAUUCGAUCAACACCACCCCUGCAGAAGCUUCCAGCCCUCUAUGUAGCCGAUUCCAUUGUCAAGAACGUUGGAAGCCCCUACACCCUCUUCCUUGGCCGCAACAUGUACCAGACAUUCAUGAAUGUUUAUACUCUGGUUGAUGGAAACACCCGAAGGAAGUUGGAUGAGAUGCUCAACACAUGGAAGCAGCCGGCCCCAGGCUCCCUGGACACGCGCCCAGUUUUCCCUCCCGACAUCACACGCAACAUCGAGAGUGCUCUCAUCAAAGCACGCACUGCGGCUUUGCAACAACAACAGGCCAGGGUCCAACCGGACAUCCUCGGCCGUAGUCGCGGAAAUGGGACUCCGACUGGGUGGACCAACAGCCCUUCACCUCAGAACAUGUCUCGGCCUUCACAAAACCAGUAUCCCAAUAUUGGCCAUUCCAAUUCGGCACCUCCCCAGACUCAUCGACAGGAUAUCGAUUUGAGCUACCUCAAUCGAGACGUGGAUGCCUUGAUCGCUUCCGCAAAGAUUGAUUUCGCUAACAGUCCUUUUAACCCCGUCUCUCAACAACGUUUGAAAGCGUUGGUGGAUCUCCAGGCCAUUCUACAGAAACAACAGCUUGCUCCAGAUCAGUUGAAACUUGUCCGCGAUCAGGUCUCUGCGCUUGCUGCCACAAGACCGCCGUCGGUUGCCCCUAAUGCCGCUACGAAUGGCUCGGCAGUGUCCGCUCCUCCACAAAUCCACACACCACCAGCGCAACCAGUCUCGCAGCCCCUUCAGCAACUACUAAACCAUAACACUCUCGCCGAGCUGAUCAAAGCUACCGCUUCACGUCAACAGUCUACCCCGCCACCUCAAAUCCCGGCAGCGCUGCCUCAGAUGCCCCAAUAUCCUCACCAAAGCGGCCCUCCACAGCCAGCACCGGAGAACCCUCUUAUUGCGGCCUUGAGGGCACGUGGACUUCUACCUGGUGGACCAACACCCUCAUCUCUUACGCCUUCGACUUCGACACCAGUUCCCGGGCGAUCUAAUUUGCCGUUCAUCUUGCCCCAUGGAAUGCAACCUACCACCCCCGCUCCAGCUCAAACUCCAAUCCCCUCCAAUGGAUCCUCUGGAGUCCCCAUGAGCACUGCAUCUAUGAAGAUCCCCCGAUUCGGACUGAUUGUAUCUCUUUAUGAUUCCCGGCCCAACCGAUGUGGAACUUGCGGCCGUCGCUUCUUGACCACGGACGAAGGCAAGGAAAUGAAGGCCAGGCAUCUGGACUGGCAUUUCAAGACUAACCAGCGCAUGACCGAGUCCUCCCGGCGGGCUCAGAAUCGCAGCUGGUAUGUUGACGAAAGGGACUGGAUCAAAUCUCGGGAGGCUGGCGACGAGAACGGCGCCACGGAUCCCCAAACCACCAGCGAAGGAGCUGCAGGCGUGGAUGGCAAUACCAAGCAAGAGCCGCCAAAGCCGUGGAUUCGAGCUCCGAACGAUGCCACUCUCCGCAACACCCCAUGCCCCAUCUGCCAAGAGAAAUUCGAAUCGACCUGGUCUGAGGAUGUCCAGGACUGGAUCUGGCAAGACGCAACCAAGGUCGGAAGUCGGGUGUAUCAUGCCAGCUGCUAUUCCGAAGUAACCAAGGGCCCUGCGCCCACGCGUCAAACACGGACCAGCACGCCUGACUCUGUCCUGGGCAAGCGGAAAGCUGAAGGAACUGAAUCUCCAAGCCAGAAGACGCGCAUCAAGACCGAGAUCUAA